CGGAGCAACCGGUGACAAACCAAAACACCCGAGAGACUUGAAAAGAAAGAGAAAGAGAAGAAGAGACACGAGAGUCCCACGUUGCUGCUGUCCCUGCUUUGCAUCUCUCGAGUUUUCCCAACCCACUAAUCAUUCGAAUCCCUCAACCGGGAAACCGCCCACCUCACCCGGAAAACCACCCACCACCUCUUCCUCCGUCCUCACUCCGAUCGCUUCCAAUAUGAGCACCGGCGAGCUUCUCAACAUCGACCCCCAAGAGCUCCAAUUCCCUUUUGAACUGAAGAAGCAGAUCUCGUGCUCUCUGCAACUCUCCAACAAGACCGAUGACUAUGUGGCUUUUAAGGUAAAGACAACAAAUCCCAAAAAGUAUUGUGUAAGACCCAACACUGGGGUUGUGUUGCCAAGGUCCACAUGUGAUGUUAUAGUGACUAUGCAAGCGCAAAAGGAGAAGCCGACGGAUAUGCAAUGCAAGGACAAGUUCCUUCUUCAGAGUGUAGUUGCCAGCCCCGGGGCUACUACCAAGGAUAUCACCCCAGAGAUGUUCAAUAAGGAGUCCGGGCAUAAUGUCGAAGAGUGCAAGUUGAAGGUUAACUAUGUUGACCCGCCUAGGCCCCCAUCUCCGGUUCGGGAAGGUUCAGAGGAAGGUUCAUCACCUAGGGCCUCAGUGGACAAUGGGAAUUUUAAUGAUUCUGAGUUCAAAGCUGCUCCAAGAGCUUUUGGCGAGAGACAUGAGCCUCAAGAUAACUCUGAGGCUAAGACUCUUAUUGCGAAGCUGACCGAUGAGAGAAAUUCUGCUAUUCAGCAAAAUAAUAGGCUUCAACAAGAACUGGAUCUUUUGAGGAGAGAGGCCAACACAAGCCGUGGUGGUAUUGCAUUUAUAUAUGUUGUUAUAGUGGGUUUGAUUGGCAUUAUUUUGGGGUACAUUCUGAAGAAGACAUGACCAGCAGAGACUCUUCAUAUUCCCGUGGCACUCUAUUUGCUACAGAGAAAUGUAAAAAGAAAAAAAAAAAAUCAAAAAUUUGAAUGUGUGAUUGACUAGCAGUAACUUUGGUUAUUGUGUUUUACCAAUCUUUAUUGAAGCUAGAAACAUGUGAAACGUGAGACCAUUUAGAGGAAACUUUUUUGUCAAUUGUAUCAGCAGGUGUUGUUGUCUAAUGGGUUUGUAAUUGUCAGGGAAAUCAAAAGUUUUUUAUGGUGUGGUGACUGACUUGGUUUCAA